CCCGAUUCUCUCCCAAACCCUAGUCCGUAUUUGGCACCUUACCAUUUACCAAUUGAAGGCUCGCUACGUUUCCCGACGGGCCAGGUCGCCAGCCCUACUCCUGCCGCACGCACAAUCCCACCUCCGCUGCCCGGCCUCUCGACGCCCCGAUGGCGGCGGACAGAGAAGCUCGCUUCAUACGACAUCCCCCCGCUCUUCGCGCUACCGGGGAUACUCGAUGCACGGCACGCUGCGCGAGUGGGCGCUCCGCAUGAUCGGGAAGGAAUUCAGCGCGAACAAGCGCCGGGGGAGCGUCACGCCGCAUGCGGACACGGAGUAUCUCAUGCGCGAGGCGGACGCGAUGGUCGAAGGGGUGCUGCAUCGUAAAGAACGCAAACAUUGGAUGCCGCGGGGCAAGAAGGGUGCAUACGUGCAGGUGGGGGACCGGCUGGCACGUGAGGCAGGGAGGGUCGAGGACGCGGACAUGGACAUGGAGGGCCUCAAGAUCGCGAAGCUGAGGGAGGCUUUGGCUCUCUACAGGCGUGCCGCGCAGAGGGGGGAUGGGAGUAUGCCGGUGCUGGCAUCGCACAUGUGGGGCACGAGCCUCGAGCUCACGCGGAGGCUGCAGAAGACUGCAGAUAAGCUGGAAAGGGCGGAGACGAAAGCAGCUCAAGCGAAACCUUACGAAGUCGAGGAGACGGAUUGGGGAUUGAAGAAAGCGAGCACAACGUCAACGGGAGAGGAUGCAUCCCACACCCUGCAAGUUCCCGUGUCUGUUCAGACAAGACCGCCACGUACUGCAAAAAAGCACGGUGGUAUACAGUAUAAAACGAAAUCACUCGCGCCGCUCCCCGCCCUCGCACCCUCUGCUGUCGCUCGUUCCCGAAUGCCUCUGCUCUCUGCCUUCCCCGGGAUCGGCGGCCUCCCCGACGGGACCGUGCUUUCCCCUGCGCAUGGGGUCUUCACUGCCCGCGGUCUUCUGGGCACGCCGUCCCAUGCGGGAUCGUCGUAUUCAAACGAUACUCUGCAUCUACCAUCUCCGGCCCAGCACGCGCCUUAUGCACCAGACGAGGUGGCCCAGCCGCAGCUCCGGCCACCGCCGUUUGCUAAUCAGGGCAAAGCCCUGCGGUGGUUCAAGAUGCGCAAGAAGCGAACGAGGAUGAUGUAUCGAUACUAUCCCGCUCCGAGGAUCCCACCGCCGUUUCCGGUUUCGUGAUCUCGGAUCCUUCCGCUUGGGUGCUCUCACACGCAAACUGAAACGGGUGCUUGACCCACACCCUUCGCCUGAUUUGAUGAAACACAGGCGUCGCUGCCGAGAUGAACAAGGCCACACGGCGGGGCCCGCUCAACACGGCGGCACAUGUGUGAUGGAGGGUGGAGGCGCUUUGAUGGAUUCUCGGACUGAGCCAGCCGUUCAUCUGUGCAAUUCGGGAUGAAAACCCCAAGCUCGUUUAUUGCCUCCUUGUGUCGACAUACAUAUGCAUUCUGGUGUCACGUCUGGAGAUUUGGAGACACGAUUCAGCAUCACGGUGCCCCGAUCGUCGGCUGCGAAGCGUCCCAGGGUCCAAACGUUGCCCGAUCCGAUGCUGCGAAGAUGACAUCCCAGCCCGAGGCGGUCAUAGCAGACGAUUGACUCCUCGUGUGCGUGCCAAGAGGCCAACGAGGCGGCGACCUACUUCCUGAUGGGGUGUAUAUCGAUGAGCGGCUGCAAAUGUGCGGGCACAGCCGGGCAACUCGGCGACGUCCACCACCCGUCGCAAAUAGGCAACAGGGAAAGAUUGAAAUAGUAUCUCAGACGUAACUUAUGUAUCGCAUAAUAGUCUGGGACUGGGUGCAAUGGCAAGGGCGGCCGGGAUGGCGCAAUCACUGAUCCAGACCUUCAACUGAAUGAUUGGGCGAUCAGGCGGUUCGAACUUUAACGCCUCCACUACUUACUUAUGCACCUCGCAUCCGCGUACAUGAAUCUGAUUAUCUCGCGCAUAAAAAUUCCGCAAGGCAUCGGACCGGCAGCACGCACACCGAGAUGCCAUGAGGACUGUGGAGAUAUCCAACAGUCGUUUCCUUAAAGCCUGGGCCGGCGGAGCCAGGUAUGCGCUUUCAACAAAUCACAUACUUAGCAUGAUUCACGCCCACUUCACACUCGCUUCUGCGGCAGCAGCGAUUGCUUUCCUUGCACUGCACGUCUGCCGAAAGGCCGCAAGAAGAAGGACAGGGGAUAUCGCAGGACUGCGUGGUCCGCCCCGGGAGUCCUGGCUUUUUGGGAAUCUUGCGCAGCUGCUGUUCUCCCGCAACUACGGCGACUACGAGUUCCAGUGGCAGGAGAGCUACGGCGAUAUAUACGUGAUACGCGGUGUGCUCGGGCAAACUCGAUUGAUGGUCUCGGACCCUGUUGCCCUGAACCAUCUUCUUCGGAACGACGACGUCCAUCUUGCACCGAUGAUGCUUGCGUUCAAUCGAUCCCUUUUCGGACGGGAGAACGCGAUGGCGCUGCGCGAUGCAGCCCACAGGAACCUCCGCGCUGCCCUGAAUCUCGGUUUUUCGCCCUCUGUUAUCGAGGGAUAUCGGGAUCACUUCGAAUCCGUCGCCCGCACAAUAACGGUCCAAUUCGGAAAAUCUCGGAAGAGCCCGGUCAUGGAUGUCAUACCUGCGCUUUCCAUGGCGACAUUGUCUGCAAUCUCUCAAGUCACACUAGGUCAGUCUACCGAAGCGCUGGGUAAAGAAUUGAUCCAAGCAAAUCUAUCGAUCCUUGCAUGUGCUUCACGAUUUGGAUCGGCCCAGCUCCUAGCCGAGGGCGUGGCACCGUAUCUACCCGCCUCAUUCCUGGACUGGAUAUUCCGACUCCCGCUCCCCAUGUUCGCCGACAUUCGCCGCGCGUACACUCUCGCGCGGCAGGUCGGAGAGCAGGUCAUUCUGGAGUCUCUGCACACAACGGCCGGUGACGAGACACGGGAGGAGCAUUUAUAUGGCAGGAUUCUGGCCCAGAAUCCGAGGAAAAGCCUAUCACACAGCGAGCUCGCUACGCAGACGAAUCUCAUCCUCGUGGCCGGCCAGGAUACCACAACGAACACGGUCGCGUUUGCUCUAGUCGAACUGGCCCGACAACCUGUGCUUCAGGAUGCCGUCCGUGCCGAGAUCAGCGCGGCGCGUGCGCGUGCGCGGAUCCAAUAUGACUCCCUGCCGUUGCUGAAUGCAUGCAUCAAGGAAGCGCUGCGUCUCUUUCCCGCGGAACCCGUCGCCGAUAAGAUCGCGCACGUGGAUCUGACUCUGCCGCUCAGCCGGCCAGUGACUCUCUCAGACGGGAGCGUCACCGAUACGAUCUUUGUGCCAAAAGGCCAGCUUGUGGCGUUGUCGUUUGCGGGCUACCAGCGGGGCCAUGAACGGUGGGGUCCAGAGCCCGAAAAAUUCAACCCCUAUCGGUGGAUAGAGGGCAAGGUUGCCCUUGGUCAAAUUGAUUGUGAACUGAAUCUGUUUGACAGGCUUUCCUUCUCCAACGGGCCACAUGUGUGUCUUGGCUGGCGUUUUGCGAUUUUCGAGAUGCAGGUCAUCCUCGCUGAGUUGAUCUCAAACUUCGUCUUCGAUCUGCCCGGUGACCCAGCCUUGGAAAUGCACUCAAGAUUUGCAAAUGCUCUGAUGCCUUGCGAUGCAACUGGAGAUAGAUGUGCUUGGCUUUCUGUAAAGCAUGUGCAGGGAGACACCUAG